AUGAUUGCUCCAAUGAUUACUCCAAUGCUUGCUCUUGAUGAGAAAAGGAUCAUCGUCACAGGUGGAGGCCGUGGUAUAGGUCUUGCGUUGUGUACGGCCAUCAUUGACGCAGGUGGAUACGUUGGCAUUCUUGAUAUCCUCAAGGAGCCACAUCCAGACUGUCAAGCGCUCGUUGAGAGAUCAGGAAGGUGCUAUUACUUCAAUUGCGACAUAACGAAACGAGAAUCCCUUGAGACUGCCUUCGGCAAAUGUGUGGGCGCGCUUGGAGGUCAUAUUGAUGGAUGUGUCACGAAUGCGGGUAUUGGAACCGACAAGCCAUUCCUCGAUCACACCUGGGAAGAUUUUGAGAGGGUGGUAGCGGUAAACGUGACCGGGACAUUCUUUCCGGCUCAAUUGGCGGUUCGCCAAAUGCUGUCACAGCCGGUGUGCGAAAGAGGAGGUGCUAGAGGAAGCAUAGUGAUGAUUGCUUCUGCGGCUGCAUCUCAUAACUGCCCCGGUCAUCUGUUAACGGCCUACGGAGGAACUAAAGGUUUCGUCAAAUCCUUCGCCAUGCAGCUUGGCCAUGAGUUGGCGACGACCGGAAUCAGGGUCAACAGUAUAAGUCCAGGGUACAUUGAGACUGAUCUUAAUCUGGAUCUUGCCAAAAUCAGGCCCAACGUGAAACACUACUUCACAGAAGCGCCGCCUAUGAAACGCAUAGGUCACCCAAAAGACAUAGCAGGCGGACUAGUAUAUUUGUUGUCCGACGUCGCAGCGUACGUCACUGGGCACAAUCUUGCGAUCGACGGUGGAAUGAGUACAGGAAACGGUCUUACGCGGUAG